GGACGUUUACCAGUUCGCUGGAUGGCACCGGAGUCUAUAUUGGAUGGCGUGUACACCAACAAAAGCGAUGUAUGGUCAUGUGGUAUUGUUUUGUGGGAGAUAGAAACACUAGGUGGAGUACCAUAUAACGCUAUGUCAACACAGGAAGUGAUAGAGUCUGUACAGCACGGAUAUCGAAUGCCAAGACCAGAUAAAUGUCACCAAGACAUGUUUUCAGCAAUGGAGCUUUGUUGGGCAGAUAAUCCAGAGCGAAGACCUACGUUUCAGAAGUUGACAAAGAUAUUGCAAGUCAUUUUAGAUGGCGAUAAG